AUGCCCAGUAAGAAGCGAUCCCAAGCUCAUGACGCAGAGGGCCGUGAGACUCAGCAACGCUCCCGGAAGCGAGAGAGAUACACGCGCAUCGCAUGCGAGUCCUGCAAGACGAGGAAGGUCAAGUGCAGCGGCAGCCUGCCCUGUAGCCGGCGCGCAAAUGCGGCACCCCGGAAGGACUGCACGGCGGCAGACCUGUCCAGCGCCACUCAGCAAGACCUCGGCCAGCUACUCGCCAGCAUGAGAAAGAUCUGCGACGACAUCCAGUCCUCCACCAAGCGCUUCGGUAGCCCUUCUUCCCAAUUCAGAUCCUCGCCAAGACGCCGCCGGAGCGAGACGGCCGGCGCCAACCCUGCGAGCAACUCCGACCCCAUCGCCUUCGUCGACUCCCUGGACCAGGCCAGACGGAUCCUAGAGCAGAGAGGCAUCAUCUCGAGCCUGCCCUGCCUGACGAGAACCCUUCCGCCGCUCGAAGCCGCCCGGCCCGUGCUCGAGCUGGGCCACGAGAAUGCGCUGGCCCACCUUGCCGCCUUCCGCGAUCACCUGUUCCCCCUAUACCCCUGCAUCGACCUGACGCUCGCAAAGGAAAACAUCGACUCCCUCUUCAGGACCUCGCUGCUUUCCUUCGCCGGCGGCGUCCAGGACCUGGGCGUGCAUUUGAUCGACAUCGAGGCCACAAAGGCGGUCUUGGCCAUCGGAAUGCUCAUCGAGGGUAACGCGGACAGUCCCUUGAGCUCCUCCCUAGAGACCCAUCUUAUCUGGAACGCCGACAGCAUAAUUAGGAGAGAUCACGCCCAGAUUGAGGACGUGAUCAUGGGCGCGUUGCUGACCAUCUAUUUCAUGCUGCGCCAGGAGGCCCGGAAGGCGUGGCGAUCGGCCGGUCUCGUGGUCCAAUCUGCUUUCGAGGUCGGGCUCCAUAAAGAGAGAUAUUACCGACAUGGAAACGCCACAAUCGAGCGCUCAUGCUUUCUCAAGAGGCUGAUGGCUUGCGUUGUCGAUCUCGACAAACGAUGCAGCUUCAUGGUGAAUCUGCCGUACCACCUGCACGACACGGAAAUAGACGACAGCGUCUUGGACCUGCACGGGCGUUACCCGCUCCUCUCGGCAAUGGUCAAUCUCAAUAUUAUCCAGGCAGAGCUGUUUGAAUUGAUCAGCACGGCCAAGGCCGGGAGCGGCGGCUACAAGUCGAAAGAGAUCAACGAUCGGAUGGACUACCUGGACCAUCGCAUCCAGAAGUUGGCCGAGGAAACGUCACGAGUUGACCUCUUCCCUCCAGAUUCCCUCGUGGUGCCCCCGCCUGCCGAGCGCGUCGUCCUCGAGUCGUUUCCAGAUGCGCACAACAUAUCUGAGGAUGCUGGCGCAUUUCAGAUCCCUCAGCUCCUUGCGUACGGGCCCAUCUGCCGCUCCGCGUUUCACGCAGCAAUCGACUUCCUGAUAGCCUCUCCUUACACGGGAUCCGGGUCGAAACCAAGGCUCUGGUGCUCGCUGGACGAGAUGCGGAGGCUCGGCGAGACAAUCCAGAUGCCGACGCCCGACAAGCCCACGCCCCCCAACGCCGUCAGCACGGACGCGUCUUCCGAGUCGACCGCAGUCGAACUCCUGGAUAUACAUCCGCAGGGUGUGGAGGAUGAUAUUUUUGGCACGUUUGACGCGACAGAAGACAACUACAUGGCAAUUCUUGGCAUGGUCACCACGCAGCUUGACUACCUGUCUAACCCGACAUAG